AUGGCCCGACCAUGCACACAAGGAGCUAUGGACCCACGAAGACUUGGCCGCAAUAACUCCGGCCUUAGCGAAGCGGACAUCUCGGACGUGCUGUGCAUACUUCAUCCUUGCUCGCCGGCAGCGUACAAUGUCGUCUCAUUCGCGGCUGAAAGGACACCUCACAACGUUUUGCAGAAUAACGGCUUCGAAAAUUACGACGAUGAGCUUACGCAAAGUGUCCUUGAGGAGCAGGAGACGUUCAUUCUCGGCCCGGAGGGUGCAAACCAGGCGAUGGACCUUGCUUUGCGCUUCUCGACAGAGGUGAUUGAUUUCCAGCUCGGCUUUGUUUUUGGACGCAAUCUCAAAAUGUGCGACAUUGUCCUCGCCGGCGACACCUCAAAGCGUAUCAGUAACAUGCACUUCAGCAUUUUCAUGAACAACUCCGGAGUAUUGAUGCUGCAGGAUAUGUCGACCAACGGCACAAUAGUAGAUGAUGUCGUGUUGAAAGGCAAGAACGCUCAAGCACCGCACACGAGGAUGCUCAAUUCUGGGUCGAUCAUUCAGAUCCUGUCACCCAAGCCAGAUGAGCUGGUGAAGUUUGUUGUCCGCAUACCUACACGGGAAGGACAUGUUCAGCAGUACGAGGCCAACUUUCAGAAUCACAUGCGGCGGCUUGAGUCUGCCAAAGCCGCACGUGCAAGACCGAAUGACAUGCACAUACGGCGCCUCACUGUGGCCGACGCUACAACGCAGUCAGUAGCUUCGUACAAGGCGCCGCUUGUUCAGAACCAGUAUGGCAUGCACUGGAGCGGUGGAGAGAAGUACAACGUCGUAGGUCUCAUCGGCAAAGGCGCGUUUGCGACCGUUUAUCAGCUCGCCACGAAGAGCGAGGGCCAACUGUUUGCGGCCAAAGAGCUUGAGAAGCGCAAGUUCAUGAAGAACGGCGUCCUCGACCGCAAGCUCGACAACGAGAUGCAAAUCAUGAAGUCAAUAAGCCACCCCAAUAUUGUGCGUUACGUUGACUAUCAAGACCACGCAAACCAUCUCUAUAUCAUUAUGGAGUUCGUGCCGUGUGGCGAUUUGCAACGAUAUCUCAACCUGAAGGGUCCGCUGCCCGAGCAUGCUGGUCUGCAAAUGGCGCACCAGGUCUUUGACUCACUGGAUUAUCUGCACGCGAAGAAAAUCACGCAUCGUGACAUCAAACCUGACAACAUACUGCUAGCUAACUUGGAGCUUUCGAACUUCUCGGUCAAGCUGUCCGAUUUUGGCCUUUCAAAGAUGGUGUCGGACAACGAAACCUUUCUGAAGACUUUCUGUGGCACGCUGCUCUACUGCGCACCGGAGGUGUUCCCAAUGUAUGACGAGCGGGCUACAGGUCGAGGGCAGAAGCGCACCCGGAAAAGCUCGGCGCAGCCUCCAACGAGAUUCCACAGCUACAGCCAAUCAGUCGACAUCUGGUCCUUUGGAGCGGUCUUGUGGUAUUCCUUGUGUUGCAAGCCGCCGUUUGAGGGCGUCUCGGAUACUACGGGACGUGGAAUGUUCGACAAGAUCAUGAUGACGCCACUCAACACAAGCGACCUGGUGCAGGCGAAUGUGCCUGAAGAGGCCAUCGCUUUACUGGUAGCUAUGCUGAACACAGAUCCAGCAAGUCGGCCCUCGCCACGUUUGUGCUUGCAAAGCGAAUGGUUCCAAGCCGUUUUCCAGCAGGCCAAUGGCAACGAGCGGCCUUCUCCUGCCUUUCAACAGGGGAUGUUUGCGAUUCAUGAAGAGGAAGAAAUUUUGCAUAAUGCUGAGCCGGACCUCUCGAGUGCUGACAGCCACUAUGACGAAGUCAGCAUUCAUUCAGGGUCCAUCAAUUUCCUCGAUCCACGUCAAUCUAAACGGUUCAAGUCGGAGCACUUCGCAUACAGAGAGCAGGAUGAAGCGAUGGAUUCUAGUCCCGAGCUCCUACAUCAGUCUAUUCCUGUGAUCCUUCAGCCGGACGGACCCCUUACGCAACAACAGCAAUUACCGCGGGCGAAGCUUUUCGGCGAGAUCAGUCUCUCCGCGCUGAACAGUUCUGCAGUGCUAGGCGCACGAGCAAACGAGGCAGUAGGUAACACCGUUAGCGAGGCAUCGUUGGACCGUGUCAGUGGCAGCUCCACUGAUAGCGCACAGCAAGCGCAAUUACAGGCGCACCGAGCCAUAGGGGCCUUUGCCGAUCCGAGUCUGCUCGGUGCAGAGUCAUUGAUGCGAGAUGUGGACCUAGGUUCGCCGGAUGUCGCAGAUCUCCAAUGUGCUGAAGAGUCGCAUGAACCACAUACACCUGAAGUUGGUGAAAGAAACAACAACGGCGCGACAGUGACAUCGGUAGAUGGAGUGGAAGAGGAAACGCCCAAGGCAAGGCCAAUACCUACGUUCCGGAGAGAGAUCAUCAUGAGCAAGCCGCCCUCGUUCUUCUUUGACCCGAACGACCCAAGCACCCAUACCGCUGAGUAUGCAUCCAAAGUCAGCGGCAUUGACUAUCUGUCGAAGCCAAACAGCAUCCUCAUUAUGGACAACUCUUUGCCGACAACGGCCAGCGGGUCUGCCACAGAUCACGACCUGGAUGAACAUGGUCGCGACACUGAGGCGGAACCACACAUUAGCCUGCAGCAUGCCUUGCCCGACAAUGAGCAUUUCCUGAAGCCACCGCCUCGACUUGGUAAAGUGACCUCAACCGCAGACUCGUUCACGAAGAUUACCUUGGAUCUCACGCAGAAGAUGUCGUCAUGGGGUCGAGCACCGACGAACACCUUCCGUUAUCCUUAUGGAGCAGAUGUUCGCGUUCCGAAAGUGGCCUUCACCUUCUGGUUCCAUGCUGUUGACAUUGAGGAGCACGCGGAGCCAGGUGUGUGGGUAAAGCUGCCAGAUCUCCACUGUAUUAUUACUACAGAUAGCAGCGUCGGUAUACUCGUUAACGGGAUCGAGCUCAGGAUUGGCGACUCUGGAAAGCGACAGUUCGGACGUGUCUACACGGGUGACGAGGUCACUGUCUGCAAACCCGGCUCUGACAGGAAGCCAGGGCUUAAGUUCACAUGCGAAUUCUACCAUGGUGAGGCCAAGCAAAAGCGCCCGGAAGGCAGCCCGGGCUUUAUCAUCGAGACGGAGGGUGCAGGGAGCAAGCUGAGUAGGCCAAAGCGCAAAGAGAAGAAAGAAGAGCGGCAAAAAGAGAAGGAGAAUGUGCCGAUCAUGGCAGGCAAGACCAUUGCUUGA